UUGUUGGAUUUGCACCGAAUAAAAAAAAAGGGAGAAAAUUCAAUUACAUGUACUACAAUUUCUAAAUAAUACGAUAAUAAAGUUGAGUUUCAUAUUUGAGAUUGAGAGGUGAUUAUUUGGAAACUUCUUCGCAAAUUUUUCUAAUAAUAAAUAGUUCUAUUGUAGUAGAUCUAUAAGAAAUAAUAUAAAAAUACAAAAAACUCGAAAAGUCGAAAAAAGAAGUGAAGUGUAUCCCACAUACGAAUAGAAAAAGAAAAAAUCGGAGCAGAACAUAAGCAAUGGCCGAAGUUGAAAAAAUAUCUGCUGCCAUAGUGAAAACAACUUUAGUGACAGCUGAAAAUUUAGUUACGAGCGGAGGUGAUGGAAAAGGUGUUGAUAUUAUCAAAGGUAAUAGUGGAUUACCAACAUCCGUCGAACUAGAGCCAUCCCCCGUGCAAGAAAAGUCUAGCAAUUCGCAUCCUCAUGACUCAGAGUACGAUACGGCUAGUGAUUUGGAAGGGGACGAAGAAUAUGACGACGAGGAUGAAAUUGAUGAUAGCCUCACUGAAGAUGAUACAGACUCUGAUGAAAACGAUGAUGUGGUUGAUCUUGAUGAAGCUAGUCGUACACAGGAUAAGGAAGGUGAAGCUCAAAAAAAAGUUGAUGAGGAUCGAAGUAAUCCUCAGUAUAUACCCAAAAGGGGUACUUUUUAUGAACAUGACGAUCGCACAGCAGAAGGUGAAGUAGAAAACAUAAGUACUGAUAGUCAACAAGGAGCUGAAGGGUGUGCUUCUGGUACAGCAACCUCAACUGUGGGUAGCGGCGGAUCGAAGUCUAUUCAAAGUCCAACAAUUUCAGCAGCUUCAAAGGCGAUGAAGAACUGGCAGCCAGCCUCAACUGUAGAUCGAUGGUCGCAUGAUCGUUUUGAUCCCAAGGAACAAGCUCCCAAAUCACGCGCCGAGCUAGUAUCAGCUUACGGAUACGACAUUCGCACUGAAGAUGCCCCACCGAAGGCACGUAGAAGACGUCGUUACGGACGUGGGCCUAACAAAUACUCACGUAAUUGGGAAGAUGAGAGCGCCUACUUGAAGACCAAUAAUAAGGAGCGUCGACCACCCAAACCAACCGAUUUUCCGGCACUCAAUGAAAAGUCGAGCAAAUCCCGUAAGUCGCGAAGACCCCGCGAAGAAAAAGAAAAUCGUGUAGAACGACGCCGAAAAGAGGGAAAAUUUGAAAAAAUGGAAAAGCCAUCGAUUGCUGGUCAUCGUCCAAAUCAUUCUGAUGAUAACAAAGAACGCAUGGAAGACAGAUUCGACAACAAACAUAAGAAUAACUUUAGAGGUCAAAGUGGUCGCCAAGUACCCAUGGAGUUCAAGCAAAAGCAAAGAAAGCCUAAUCAGAACAAUGUUCAACAAGCACCAGUUGUUAAUAAUUUUAAUAAUCGCUUGGAUCUAUCAAAUCAACGGGAAUCUAGCUCGGGCAAUACCCACCAACAGCAACAUGCGCAACAACAACAUCAGAACGUUUUAAAACAUGGUCAGACCGUUAACAAACAUCAAGCGAAUCAAUCGCAACAACAUAUCGAUGUUUACAAUAAUAAUAGCAAUGCUAACGUUGUCAACAAAAAGAUUCACGAGCAUAGUUAUCAAACUAUGCAAGUAUCUCAACAAGAACAACAUCAGCAAGCGCAGCCUAUAUUUAAUCAAUUGAAUCGCCAAACUGUUCAAAUUCCGAAUAAAACUAGCACGACCUUGAACUUGUCACAACGCUUGCAAUUGGUGCAGAAUCGAAAUGAUCCCAGUCACGUUGGCAGUGUUCAAAUGCACGCUUUAGCUACGCAAAAUCAACAUCAACAGCAGCAAUCGCAUAUAUUAAACUCACAGCAACCAAGCAAUUUGAUGAUGAAUACACAACAAGCGCAAAACGUUACUCAAGAGCAACGUGGUCCGCCAAAACGUUACUCCAGUUUAAGGCGUUCACAGCAUGAGGCUCAGCAUAUAGCCGAGCAGCAUCAACUACAGCAGUUGCAUAUGCAGACUCAGCAGCCGCAGCCCCAGUUAAUACUUCCUGAUCAGCAUAUGUUGCAAGCAAACUUGAUGCAAUUGUACCAUCAAGAGAAUAUUCAAGCCCAGAUGCAGGCUUUACAAGUUAGUCAAAGUUCCGCCGGCGCAAAGCCUAAUUACGCCACCGUGCCCACGCCAAAUGCAUAUCCUGCUGCCGCUCCGGCUCCGACAGCGUACUAUGUAACUUCUCCAGAUGCUUAUACUGCUGCCACAACUAGUGCGCAGACUUCACAGUCCGGACCCUAUGGUCAACAACAACAACCAUCAAACUAUCUGCCCCAAAAUCAAACUUCUGGGGCCGCCUCAUUGGCACCCACUCAAACAUCUGCUGCUCCUUAUGGAUCUGGAGCGGGUGUUGGGGUAAUUCCACAGUCGGGUGCUGCCACAGGAACUCCCACUAACUAUCAAAACUAUAACACGGUGGGAGGCACCACGUACUUCGUGCCUCCUCCGGCUCAAGCCGCUGCACGCCAAGUCGUACUACCACAGAGACGUCCAACCAAUGCGAUACCCAUACUGCCCCCAACUGAUAAAACCAAGCCACCUGCCCCUCAACAACAGCAGCGUUCAAAUGAAUCUAAAGAAGACAAUAAGAUUCCUGUAACCAUUGCCGUGUCUCAAGGUCUAGCGCCUCCCAUUGGCAGUGCAGAAAAUAUUGAUCGCAUCAUUGAUAAUAUGUUUGUGCAGAGGCCGGCCUUCCAACCGCCAACUACAACUGUAUCCUCAAUCGCUACGCCAUCGAAAAUGUCGUCUAAUGAAACUCCUUUAACUGAUAGUAGCAAUAUUUCCAUUUCUGACAACAACUCACAGAACAAUGAAAAAUUUAGUAAUAAUCUUGUAAACGAGAAUAUAUCAAAAUCGAAUUCGGUUGAAAGCAGUACUAAUAACACGGUGGCCCCACAAGAAUGAGAACUGGACUACUAUAUCCACAACGACCAUCCGCACCAUAAUCUACAUCCACUUCUCAAUAAGAGAAAAUAUUUUUAAGAAAACUCGAAAAAAAAAUGCAGUAAUCAUUACGGAAUGCGUAUUAUGAAAGUUGCUUAUUCUGCUGAACAAAUCUUUUUUUUUAAUUCUUGUUAAUUAUGGUAUGUCAUUCAUAUUG